CGUCCGGCUCUGUCAUUGGCUCGAUCGGCUGUCUGUCACGCUCGCACCGUGGUUAAGUAUUUAAACGUGUGGGACUACUGUGCGCGAGAUCACACACUCGUUCGCGAGCGCACGAUAGAGCGAACAGUUUUUAAUAAUUCGUGUUUUCCGGAACGAAUUUAGGAUGAAUUGCUAUAUUUCCCAUGCAUGUGCAUAUGCGCUUGUUUUGGCCUCGGUGAAGGGGGAAUUGUUGUCGUUUUAAAGUUAACAUUGCGUGUUAUUUUAGUGUUUUCUUUUUGCGCACACACUCGCAGCGCGAGAAGCGAUCGCUUAGUGUGUAGUAUUUAAUGUGUUUGUGUGUGUCGGGAGGGAGGAGAUUCAUUGAGGAAACGCGUUCUGUUGCAUUAUUCAUAAGCUGUGAAUAGUCCCUCCUGGGGGAGUGGUUGUUUACAUCUGCUGGGUGAUUCUAUUAAUGUCACAUUAGUACCCUAAAGUCUAGUGAACUGUAUUUGCUGGACAACUUCAGUCAAAAUCUGUGCUCGAAAGGUUCAUGGAUACUGUCUGUGAUGUCUGUACAAAGUGAGCUUCCCAACAGUGGCGAGAUGCUGCAGAGACCAGCCAUCCUCCUCCAGGACGCAGGGACCACCGACAUGUUGCUUGCAGAACUCGCUGGCAAUCACAUGGCCUGUGACGGCGGGCUCGUUGAGGGGUCCUUACACAUGAAAAACGCACUUCAGUCACAAGAGGACGUGCAGCCACAGCAGAAGCUAAAUAAACGGCGUUACAGCGUGAACGUGGGAUUCAAACAUCCGGGCCUCAGCAAACGCAGACGGCGUGCCAACUCUGAAUGUGACCCCGUGCUACCUUCCAACUUCCUGCUGGGGGGGAAUAUCUUCGAUCCCUUAAAUCUUAACAGUCUUUUGGAUGAGAAGGUCAACAAGGCGCUAAACGCCCAGACACCCAAAUCGUCGCCUCUUCCUGUGAAAAACAGAGACCCUGUGGAGAUUCUGAUCCCAAAGGACAUCACAGACCCUCUGAACUUAGGUGGAGAUGCGGGCGCGGGUGUGUUGCUUUCUCCUGUAAAGAGCAGACGCAGACAUCGCAAUCGACACCAUGGAGCUGUUGUGGUAGACCUUACCGGGCAGCUCGACCCAUCGCACAGCGAGAAGUCAAAGGUCAGCGAGGGGGCGGUUUCAGGCUCGUUGCUCUCUCCUGCCGUUAGUGUGCCGGGGACAACGGCCGAUGUGUCUGCAGAGAGCGCAGUGAAUGCAGUGAAGGAGUCGCCGCGCCCCUACGAGCUCAACACCUCCAUCAACUGUAGAGAUGAAGUGGUGCAGCCCAUACUGCCACGGAGACGGUCCCACCCCUCCUCGUCUAGCUCCGCCCCUCAGACCCAGUCUGUUCAGCCGUCCAAACACAGGAAGCGCAGACGAACCAGCAGCCGUUCGGAUCGCCUGUCAAUCACACCGACUCUGUCCACAAAGCAGACGAUCGCAGAGAAAGCACACAGUCAAGCGUUUCACACUCCUGUUGUAGGCAGCGGAACGAUUCCCUCUUUGACUCGCAGAAUCCAACAGAACCCGCGCCGACCGCGGGGUAACUUCCAGCACGGCACCUGCAGCCGUUAUUACGGUUACCGCACGCCAGCGCUGAACGGCGACCCAAGAUUGGCCGUCUUUAGACCUGAGUGGUUUCACGGCAAAAAAGUUCUUGACGUUGGCUGCAACACGGGUCACAUCACCCUAGCGAUCGCCCGACACUGGAGUCCCGCCCGCAUCAUGGGUGUGGAUAUUGAAGAGGAGCUGGUGCACGCUGCCAGACUGAACCUGCGGCAUUUCCUGUCCGAGCUGUGUGGACAGCAGGAGAGCCACAGAACACAGACUGAUGUGAGCGCUGAGACGGGUGAUGGGUCAGAGGUGACGGGUGAAGGGUUACCACCGCUGAUGAAGCUGCAGCUGGAGCAGGUUCAAGCCCUCCGCAGGUUCCCUCUUUCUUUCACACGCUGCAGAGGACCCAUCGCACCUCCUCCCAUAAUGCCUCACAUCCCCGGCCUGUUCCCUUCAAACAUCUUCUUCCUGCAGGGUAACUAUGUGCCCGACAGUGAUGUGGCUGUGAUGUCACAGCGUGAGGAGUAUGAUGUCAUCCUCUGUCUGAGUUUGACUAAGUGGGUUCAUCUGAAUUUUGGUGACGCUGGAAUCCAGAGACUGUUUCACCGCAUCUUUAGACACCUGUUACCUGGAGGACUUCUGAUCCUCGAGCCUCAGCCCUGGAGCUCGUACUCCCGCCGCAAAAGACUAACGGAGUCGACACACAGAAACUACAGCAGUAUCAGACUCAAGCCGGAUCACUUCAGCUCAUACUUGACCUCAGAUGUGGGAUUCAGCUGCUACGAGCUUCUGGAAACAUCUCAAAACUCCCAUAAAGGAUCUCAGAGGCCGGUUUACGUAUUUCAUAAAGGCUCAUCCUCUAACAGGAAGUGAGAUUUCUCAGAAAGGAAGAGGAAGUGUGUCUGGAUGAAGUCCUGGAGUGUGGCGACCUCUAGUGGAUGAGUGGAGGUGUUCGUCUGCGUUCAGUGAUGUUGUGUUGUGGAGGGUUUGAACAGAUUUAUUCUCAAGGAGACGGUGUGUGAACUCCUCCCACAUUUCCUCUGGGCCCACCCAAACCCUCAGCAUCACUUCAGUGUCGUCUGUGUGUAACAGGAACACACGUGCACUUUCCUUCAAUGUGUGUGUGUGUGUGUGUGUGUGUGUGUGUGUGUGUGUGUCUUAUGGUGACAUCUUGGGGCUUGGGAACUCUCUGAAGAAAACUAAAAAAAACAGUUUUUGAGUGACUUGUUUUGAAUAAACACACGCAUGAUGUCAACAGAAUGUACCAGCGCUGUGUGUUCAGAUUUCUAAGAGUACUCACGCACACAGUGAAAUAUCAUGACAAAUAACUUUUGUGGACAUUUAACUGCUCCUCGGUAAAUAAAAGUGUGCGUAAGAAUCUUUGAA